AUGCCAUUUUACCUCUGGAACUGUUUCUCCGCCGUGCGGACGGCCUGGAAAUCCUUUAUUGAAGGCACAUUCGUGGGCAUAGGAGCCUCCGGUCAAGUCUACGAGGUUGAUGAGGAGAUAGUCCUCAAGAGUUGUCGCAUUUUCGAACAACCCGGGAGCGACGCCUCUGACAGCGACCGGUACCACUAUGCCUCAGAUACCAUUUUUCACUCUAGCUUGUUGCAAGAUGAACGGUUUAUUUUCCGAAUACUUCAACAGUGGCCACAUCCUCAUAUCAUUGAGGCUAUCGACACCGAUCAAGCCGAGGGGAUAUUUCUCCGCAGAUAUCAGCCGUUGCCGGAGGGUGAGAUACCCGCACAGCCCACUCGAAUUCGAUGGUAUCGCGAUAUUGCCGACGCUCUUUGCCACCUUCAUAAGCUUGGAAUAGCUCAUGGAGAUGUACGGAUUGACAAUGUACUCUUCGAUAAUCGAGGCUCUGCUAUUCUUUGUGAUUUCAGUGCCGCUAGUCCCUUUGGUCAAUCAAAUCUGGUCAUCUCGGAUCUUCCGCUUCCAGUCAAUGGCCCUUCGCCAAAUCUGUCGGAGGCAACUGAUAUGUUUGCAAUUGGCUCGCUCCUUUUCCAAGUUGAGCACGGAAUCAAACCUGAGUCUUUCUGCAUUGAUGCAAUUAUCCGAAACGCUUGGCUUGGACAAUAUCGCAGCACCUCGGAGAUGCUAGAGAACCUUCAUGCACUUGACGCUCAGAUUGACCAAGUUGUUCAUGAUACCCAAAUACACUCAGAGCCAAUUUCUUCACUGAGAGAGCGGGUCAGAGCAUGGAGAAAAAGACGCGAGAACAAUGUUGGCCGUGUACUUGAUGGUAUACUCUCAGAAGAUCAGUUGCAAGUACUAGCAGAUUGCUAUGGCUUGGAUAGAGAUGCCGAAUUGCGUUUCACUAGCUAUGAUGUACCCACGCAUGGAAACUAA